AUGGAGGAGAGAUAAAGUGAGGAGGCUGCGCGCGCACAUGCACACGCACCGGAGGCGGGAGGAGAAAGCUCGAGCUCGCACGCGCGCGCGCGAGCGAGCGAGAGAGGGAGAGAGAGAAGACAGGAAGCUAAAAAAGGCGCCUCUGACUCUUCAAGCGCACGUGUGGCGGGAAUACCAGAGCGCGAAAUGCUCACGGAACCCUCCCGCCAAAGUCUUUUUACUCCGAGGCGGGAGUCAGCGAUGUGACAGCCGGGGAUUUCCAACCCGUGACUCCCGCGCCCGCCACCACCAUGUCCCGGCAGCGGCGGGCGAAAGGCGCGUGAAGAUGCCGCGUGGACCCGGCGACCCCAUGAGACUCGCCGACGCUCGGCACCUCCCGCAACUCAUGCCCCUGGAGGAGCCGCAGCCCGCGCUGGGGGCCACCCUGGGUCCGCGCAACUCCACGCCGGCGGGAGAGGAGGGGGCGCCCGGCCCGCAGCACGAGUCCUUCCCGUGGGCGGUGACGCUGCUGGCCGGCGUGCUCAUCACCACUAUCGUGGUGGACGUGGUGGGGAACCUGCUCGUCAUCUUGUCCGUCUUCAGGAACAGGAAACUCAGGAAAACAGGAAACGCCUUUGUGGUGAGCCUGGCGCUGGCCGACCUGCUGGUGGCCAUCUACCCGUACCCGCUGGUGCUGACGGCCAUCUUCCACGACGGCUGGAUCGCCGGCUACAUCCAUUGCCAGAUCAGCGGCUUCCUGAUGGGCCUGAGCGUCAUCGGCUCCAUCUUCAACAUCACGGGCAUCGCCAUCAACCGCUACUGCUACAUCUGCCACAGCCUCAAGUACGACAAGCUGUUCUCCGGCGCCAACACCGUGUGCUACGUGGCGCUGGUGUGGGCGCUCACCAUCCUCGCCAUCGUGCCCAACUGGUUCGUGGAGUCGCUGCAGUACGACCCGCGCGUCUACUCGUGCACUUUCGCCCAAUCGGUCAGCUCGCUCUACACCAUCGCCGUGGUGGUGGUGCACUUCAUCCUCCCCAUCGCCAUCGUCACCUACUGCUACCUGCGGAUCUGGAUCCUGGUCAUCCAGGUGAGGCGGCGCGUCAAGCCCGACUCGCGGCCCAAGAUCAAGCCGCACGACCUCCGCAACUUCCUGACCAUGUUUGUGGUUUUUGUUCUCUUCGCCGUGUGCUGGGCGCCGCUCAACCUCAUCGGCCUGGCGGUGGCGAUGGACUCGCGGCUGGGACGUUCGAUUCCCGAGUGGCUCUUCACCGCCAGCUACUUCAUGGCCUACUUCAACAGCUGCCUCAACGCCGUCGUCUACGGCGUCCUGAACCACAACUUCAGGAAGGAGUACAAGCGCAUCGUUCUCAUCAUUUUCAAGUUUCACUGCUGAGGGGCGGACGCUAACGCUAACGAGCUAAGAGGGAAAAACACUUAUCGGAUGCUAACGAGGACAAAAAUGUCUCCGCAGGAGUUGAGGGCGACUGCUAAUGACUUGAGACGUUUGCCUUCAGGGACGCUGAAGAAACUUUAUUCGCACGACGCUUCUACUCAUCGCUUUACCGAUGGUUCCAUCGAAGAUGUUUACAAAAAUGGACGGAACAUUCUGGUGCUUUUUAUUUCUCAGCAUCGGCAGCAAAGAUUUGUUUUCUUUGUUUGCAUGAGAAGAAAAUAGCUUCUUCUUAGCUCUCUCGUGCUGCAUUCACGGAGACUGGGAAGUCGGUACAAACGACCGUCGAGAACCUAAAAGUCUAAUAAUGUGGAACCCGUUUCAGUCGACACUAAUCCGGCCAGCCCCGUGUUCCGCCCAGAAUGAGUGAGAAUUUAUUUUUGGAGGAGACGGACUUCAAAACGAAAACCGGCGAAAAAAAUGCGUACCCGAGAGAAACAUGUGUACGUUUCGAAGAAAAAUCGGUUUUCCAAGAAAAAUAGAUCGGUUUAUGUCGACGUCAUAAACGAUGUCAUCAUUGCCUCUCCCCGGAAAUCAGAAAAAAAUCUAGAAAAUGUUGUAAUUUUUUUUUUGCCCCCGGCAAUCAGAAAAAAAUUUUAGAAAAUGUUGAAUUUUUUUGCCUCCCCGGCAAUCAGAAAAAAAAAUCUAGAAAAUGUUGAAAAUUUUUUUGCCCCCCCGGCAAUCAGAAAACAUUUUUAGAAAAUGUUGAAAUUUUUUUGCCCCCCGGCAAUCAGAAAAAAAAUCUAGAAAAUGUUGUACUUUUUUGCACCCCCUGCAAUCAGAAAAAAUCUAGAAAAUAUUGCAAUUUUUUUCCCCC